AUGUCCAAAAUCAUUAAAAAAAGAUCCAAAACGGAUAUUGCUAAUUGGGGAGAAAAUGAUUUUGAGUCAUUAAAAAAAUCUUUAGAACCGUUUAUAUCAUAUAUUCGAUUUCAUGAAAUAUCUCGAGAUGAUUUUUAUCAUCAUGUAAGACCUUAUAAAAAAGCGAUACCAGAAGAUCUUUAUGAAGAUUUAGUUGGCUAUCUGAUGGCAAACAUAAAUCCUAAAAUUUCAAAAUUGCCCUCACGUCUUGGAUCUAUUAAAAUUGAUUCUGUUAUAAUUGAAAGAGACAAAGCUGCAAUCAUUACUAAUUGGAUUGAGAAAAGAGAUAAUUUUUUCAGGAAACCUUUUUAUCAAUUUACUCUUACUUAUCGAGCAACACGCGACGGAUUUGAUUAUAAUAACUUUAUUGCAAAUAAUUGUAAUUGCGUAGUUCUUGGGUUAAUUAAGGUCUCCGACUCGGGAAAGAUAAUUGGUGGAUAUAACCCUCUAGGUUUGAGAAAUAUGAACAAUUAUAAUCAUAACUAUAAUAGGGGACGUCUUCAUCGUGCGCAGUGGGAAACUACUGAUGAUAGUUUUAUCUUUUGUUUCGAAGAUGGAAAAAGUUCUGAUGACCAUAUACUAAGUCGUGUAAAUGAUCCAUCAUACGCAAUUUAUAACUAUGGCGGGAAUUGGAUGAAUUUUGGAAAUGCUGAUUUAAUAGUAAAUGGUCAGAACGGAACUUGCUCGCAAUGUCAUUAUGAAUUGGAGAUUUUGGAUGCCAAUAAUUUUGUCGUUGAAGAGUUAGAAAUCUUUGUCGUGCAAAAGACUCUAACAAAAAAUUAG